AUGGGCAAAGGCCCUGCUUUGAUAAUCUUCCUAGCUUCUUCUCUUUUUCUUGUCUUUCAAAACCUCGAAGUCGUUAACGCCUUCGGGUGUGCCGGAAGCUUCAUCAACGGUAACAGCAGCUACGUUCAGAAUCGCAACAAUCUCUUCUCUACCCUCCCUGAUAAAGUCAAAGCCAAUGGUGAAUUGUACAAUGCUUCACUAGGCAAAAUUCCGGAUAGAGUUUACGCUCUUGUCCUCUGUGCAAGAGGUUACGAGCAAAACGCUUGUAUCGAUUGUGUCGAACUUGCGACUCAGAGUAUACAAACUAAUUGUCUAAACCGUACGGAUUCGUUCAGGUGGGGCAAAGACGGCGAAGACAAUGCUUCUUGUCUUGUACGUUCCUCAAACCACACAACCUUCGGGAAACUCGAGCUUAGCCCAGCUAAUAUAUACCCACAUCCACUUGGUAUCGAUCCAUUUAGAAACAUGACCCUUUUCCAACGAGAAUGGGACGCAAUGGUUAACCGGACCGUCGAGGCUGCCACAGAAGCUAAUACUUCCACGGUACUUAAGUACUAUGGUGCCCUAAGAGCCGAGUUCACGGAGUUUCCAGAUGUUUUCAUGCUGAUGCAAUGCACGCCAGACAUAACUUCCCAAGAUUGCAAGAGAUGUUUGGGAGCUUGCGUGAGGUUGUAUAAAAGCCAGUAUUGGGGAAGACAAGGAGGAGAAGUUAAUCGUCCAAGCUGUUUGUUCAGGUGGGAUCUAUAUCCUUUCCAAAAUGCUUUUGGUAAUGUACCAAGAUCUCCUGCGCCUCCUCGACCUCAUGCUCGGGACAAGAAAGGGAGAGGUAUUGGGACUAUCGGAAUUAUUGCGAUAGUUGUGGUUGUUCUUACUUUCAUUUAUCUUUCAAUGCUUAUUGGUUACAUCAAAGUCUAUUCUCGGAGGAGAAAAUCAAGAAACGGAAUCAAUGUUAGUGGUGCAGAGUACUCUGAAUGUGACGGACAUUUUAUGUUACGGUUUGAUCUUCGUAUGAUCUUAAUGGCAACCAAUAACUUCUCGUCUGAAAAUAAGCUUGGCCAAGGUGGAUUUGGAACGGUCCAUAAGGGAACAUUACCAAACGGGCAAGAUGUAGCGGUGAAGAGAUUAACAAAAGGUUCAGGACAAGGAAAUACGGAGUUCAAGAAUGAGGUUUCUCUGUUGACAAGGCUCCAACAUAAGAAUCUUGUUAAGCUUCUUGGGUUCUGUAAUGAAGGAGAAGAAGAGAUUCUUGUCUACGAGCUUGUCCCUAAUUCAAGUCUUGAUCACUUUAUCUUCGAUGAAGAGAAGCGUUCGCUACUUACGUGGGAGGUAAGAUUCAGAAUUAUAGAAGGGAUUGCUCGAGGUCUUGUUUAUCUUCAUGAAGAUUCUCAGCUGAAGAUUAUUCACCGAGACUUGAAGGCGAGCAACAUACUCUUAGAUGCAGAUAUGAACCCUAAAGUUGCAGACUUUGGGACUGCAAGAUUGUUCGACACUGAUGAGACUCGAGCUGAGACAAGAAGAAUAGCUGGAACACGUGGAUAUCUGGCUCCCGAAUACUUGAAUCGCGGGGAAAUCUCAGUUAAAUCUGAUGUAUAUAGCUUCGGUGUUAUGGUUUUAGAGAUGAUAAGUGGUGAAAGAAACAAUAAAUUCGAAGGAGAAGGACUUGCAGUUUUUGCAUGGAAGAGAUGGGUUGAAGGAAAGCCUGAGACAAUAAUUGAUCCUUUACUGGUAAAGGAUCCGAGAAACGAGAUCAUCAGGUUGAUUCAGAUUGGUUUAUUGUGUGUUCAAGAGAAUCCAUCAAAGAGACCAACCAUGAGCUCAGUAAUAGUAUGGUUUAGGAGUGAGACUAUCAUCAUUCCUUUACCUAAUUCUCCUGCUUUCACUGGAAGCCAAUCUCAGUCAUCUGAAAGUGGUACAAUGUCAAUGAGCAAUAUCUACACGGAGUUGAGUUCUCGUUGA